GUCAAGCUUUUUAGAACAUAUAAGUGUGAGGCAGAAGAUAGCAAAUUUUUGAUUAUAUUUCCACACAUCAGUCGCUUUCCAUAUUUCCCCGGAGUCACAUCGCGCAGCUGAAAUUUCCACACAAAAUGAACUACACCUGGGUACCAACAUCCGUGUACGGUGCAAUGCCACCAAAUGCCGUCUUUGCGGGCACAGAUUCGGACAGUUCUCCCAUCUACGUGGGCAGGACUUUCCACGAUGGCGACCAAUUGCCCGCCAAAGUGAUCCCUAGCAAGCAAGCGGCCUACGUGAGCCACAACGGCAAUGAAAUCGUCAAGCACCACGUGGAGGUGCUCGUUGGCACAGGCUUCACGUGGAUUCAUUCCGGAAAUGGGCACGUCCCGCCGAAUGCCGUGCGAGCAGGUCAAACUGUCCACGGGCAGCCACUCUACGUGGGUCGUACCCAUCACGAGGGUAGCCUGACUCCAGGAAAGAUUCAUCCCAGCCAUGGUUGCCUCUAUUUUCCGUACGGUGGCGCUGAGCAGAGCUCUCUCCAGUACGAAGUUCUCUGUGGUCAGCCGGCAUCACGCUGGGUGCCAACUGCUGCUCAUGCUGGUGUCCCACCAGAUGCCGUGGUGGCUGGUCACGAUAGCGAUGGAUCACCAAUCUACGUUGGACGUGCUUUCCACGAAGGUGAUCAGCUUCCAGCUAAGGUAAUUCCCAGCAAACAAAUUGCAUAUGUGAGCCACAACGGUCAGGAGAUUCCAAAGCAUCACUUUGAAGUAUUCUGCCAUUCGAGUGUCUCUUGGGUGUCAUCUGGGCACGGCAGUGUGCCCCCAAAUGCCGUCAGGGCGGGCAAUACGUCCACCGGUGAGCCUCUCUAUGUCGGCAGGACUUUCUAUCAAGGCAGUCUGACGCCUGGAAAGAUUCAUCCAAGCCAUGGUUCACUCUACAUCCCCUACGGAGGUGCUGAAAUCCCAUUCAAGAACUACGAAGUAUUGAUUGAGAACUAAAAAAGUUCUCGAGUAUUGCAAAUCAUUCAAUAGAUGUAUAUGAAAAAUUGUGCCAGAAAAAAAAUUGAAAUAAAUUUCUUACAUGCAAA